AUGACGACACUGGAUGCCGAUGAGGACAACGAGCCCAUGGACCAGAAGAAGUACAGGAGCAUGAUCGGCUCCCUCCUGUACCUAACUGUGAUGAGGACGAAGCCGCCGCCGGCGCGCCCGCUCCCGCCCGCCGCGCCCGGCGCCGUCUCCUUCCUCUCCUCGCUAGGGAUGAAAACGGGACGGGAAAUUCCCCUGUUUUUUAAUCAUUUUGGACCGCUACUCCUCGCCGCACGCCCUCCUGCGCGUACCUGGCUCGCCCGCGCCGCCGUGGAAUGCGUGUGUCGUCUCUGCUUGUCUCAGCGAGCGGGUGAUAACAUCCAUGCCCUUCGCCCUGUUGCCGCAGGGACUGGAUCGCAGCUGCUCUUGUACGAGGUGGGUGCUGCCAGGCUCGUUGCGUCGUUCCGAGCGUUCGACGGGGUGCGCGUCCACGGCAUCGAGCCCCGGAGCGGAGGCCCCGGCUGUCCCAGCUACACGCUUGCGUUGUUUGGUGAGAGGAGGGUGAAGCUAUUCUCCCUCGGAUUCGGUGUUGAAGCAGAUGGCGGCGAGGCGCGGCUGGAGCUGGAGCAGAUGCUCCCGGGGUUUGACCAUUGGGUGCUCGACACUCGUUUCCUUGAGGUCGAUGGGCUGCUUGCGAUUGGUCUGAGUGACAAUUCAGUAGCGCUGUGGGAUCUGAGCAAGCGUGCGUUGGUUACCCGAGUGAAGUCUCCAGAGAAGUGCCUUCUAUAUUCCAUGAGAAUGUGGGGAGACUCUGUUAGAGAGUUUCUUGUUGCAUCCGGGACCAUUUUAAACGAGAUUCUCAUAUGAAAAUUGGCACCACAAGUUCUGGGAUCCUUUAUGGUAUGCUCCAAUGAAGGAGAUACUUCUGAUGUAAACAGUCCCAAAAUUAUGAAUCCUGAUGAUAGUCAGCACAUGUCAGUUCAUCUUGGUAGGCUCAAGGAGCAUGAAGGCUCAAUAUUCCGAAUAGCUUGGUCCUCCGAUGGAUCAAAGUUUAUGUCUAUUUCUGAUGACCGUAGGUUGGUUUAUUUCAAUUUGGGCUCUCAGUGACUGCACCAGGAACUUUUUUAGACUACCUUUCAUGAGACUUUUGUGAUGUAAUUGAUAAGACUAUGGAUUUAAAUAUUGUUAUGUGAUUGUGUGUGAGAUGUUUUAU